CACUGACUGUCACUGUUAGGCGGCACUGACUGGCACUGAUAGGCGACACUGACUGGCACUGAUGGGUGACAUUGAAAGGCAGCUCAGAUGGGCACUGAUAUGUGGCAUUGAUGUGCACUGGUAUGCACUGAUAUGUGGCAUUGAUGUGGCAUGGCACUGAUGGGCACUGGCACGUGGCACUGAUGAGCACUGACAGGUGGCACUUCUGGGGCCACACUGAUCAUCAAGGCACACUGAUCAUCACUGUCAGCGUGACAGCUCGAGAGGAGAAAAAUGCCGAUAACCGGCAUUUCCGUGUUUACAUGUGAUCAGCUGUGAUUGG